AUGACAGACUCAAUCAAGAAAGAUGAGAAAGAAGAGUUGAAGGAGAUCAUUCAGCUCUUUCUCAAGUAUGACCAGGCUGCGUGGACGUCUGACGUGGUCAAGGCUGCUCGCAUGCUGCGCGACACGGUUCAAGGGAAGAAGGGUAUCUUUACUAAGCCCAAGGUCAAGCAGCUUGCGGUCUCGAAGCUCAAGCGACGGGAAGUAGAGAACUUGCUCAACCUCGAGUGGACCGGUGCCGACCCCGAGCUUAAGGCCAUUCACCCUGUGCCGAUGUCCGCGGAGCUUUGCAAUGUCCUGCGAAAGGUCGACAACGCCGCCUGCCACAGCGAGGCAAGUGAAGCACUUAUUCGGCUCACCCUGAAUAUGCUGCUUGUCUAUGCCCAUGAUACCGUCACAUCGCAGAUCUCCACCACUGCUCGUCCCCUUUCCUUACAAGCCGAGAGAACAUGGGUCUACGAUGUAGAGAAAGAUCUGGUAUGGCGACGUGGAGCAACACCUUCGAAUGUGAUCGCUGUGGAGGCGAAGACCAAAGGCCGCGCAUCGGAGGGCAUAUACCAGUGCCUGGCUUAUAUGGGAAUCGUGCGUAAUGAGCGGAAGAAGAGGAGCCAUCAGACUUGCGCUGUCUAUGGUUUCGCUUCAGAUGACGAGGAAUUCUGCUUCCUCAAGAUCAAUGACAACUCUCAGUGGUCCGAAUGUCAUCUGCAAGUCCGCACGGGAGACUAUAGCCAGGUACUGGGUAUGCUUGUGCACAUUUUCAGGCAAGCUGCGAUUGCGUCGCCUCUGCAGUCCAAGGAGCCCUCCCAAUACACUCACUCGAGGGAGUCGACUCAGCACGGUCGCUCGAAGGACUCGUCUCGGCAAAGUGAGCCUACGAUCCGCGAAUCAUUGGAGGAGGAUACCUUCAUGGGAGGAAUUUAG